AUGUGUAGAUGGACAGUGACCCAAAGUGCAGCAGCGGUCGCCUGGUUGUCUUCCUGCCCCAGCUGCAGACUUCUAUUCCUUCUGCUUCUCCUCGUGCUUUGGCCCUCUUCCUCUAACCCACUUCCCACAGACUCUGUGAACAGACACGAUGCAGCUCACCUGUUGGUCUCACAGCUGCCCACGUCGCCUGUCCCCCUGCUCGCAUCUUCUGCCAGGCAGCCACGGUCGACCAAUUUGUCCUCAGCUACGGUGGUCGGCAGACACGUGCGGAGCAGCUACACACACUUGCAAGGGGAUGUGCGCAGGAGGAAACUGUUCUCCUUCCAGAAAUUCUUCCUCCGCAUUGACAAGAGAGGGAAAGUUAACGGAACUAAGAGCGAGGACGAUCCUAACAAGUUGCUAUAA